AGGUUGGAUGUACUAGAGCGAGCAGAGACCGGGUAGUAGUCCGCUUCGCGCUAUUCGCGCCACCACGGUCCUCGGAACACGGUUCUCUCUAACUUCUGACUGGUUCGGCUCUGUCUCGCACCCGCCUCUUCCCCCUCUUUUUACCGCUCGCUAUUACUCUUCUCUCUUUCUCUUUAUCUCUUUCUCUCUCUUUCUUUUCCCUCUCUCUAACUCCGUUCCCCUCUCCAUUCUUUCUCACUCGCUCUUCCCUCCCUCCAGGUUCGUGGUCUUCCCUUCCCCCGUCCCUGUUCUUCGCCUGACGACGCUGCUCUCUCGGGCAUUUCGCCGGAAACCGACGCCGCGCGAGGACUGAGCGUUUCGUUUAACGCGUUACGUACCAUCUAUCUUUUUUUUUCUCUUGCCGUUCCGUAAGCGGACACGCAAGCAAGCAAGCAGAGGCAUCUCGGGAUUCGAAGUGAAGACGAAUCACAUAUAGUACGAUCUAUCAUCAUGAGUACCAAGGAAAACAACGAGGUCGCUGUAGAGAAGGUGGCAGAAAACGACAAAGCUUCGGCGGACGCUAAGUGUGAGAUCAAGGGAAUCAAGAGGCCGGCCGAAGAGAAAAACGAUGAAGCAAAGAAGCAAAAAAAAGAGGAAAAUGGAGAUGGAGAAGUAGAAGAGGAGGAAAUUGAGGAGGAGGUUGAAGAAGAGGAAGAAGUAGACGGAGAUGGUGAAGAAGAUGAUGAAGAGGACGAUAUACCGGAAGGCGAAGAAGAUUUAGAAGAAGGAGAAGAAGAGGAAGAGGAUGAAGCGGAAGGUGAAGGUGAAGAGGUGGAAGAUGAAGAGGAGGACGCAUAAUGAAAAGAGGGAGAACAAUAUGUAAGUAAAACGGGAGGAAGGCACGUGGCAUCAUCGUCGAUCUUCGGCAGUCUUCUCAGCAAACACUUACUCUCAUAUUGAGUGGUUGGUAGCAAUGUUGAUAUCGAUCGUGCCCAAAUCCAUAUCGUUGGAUCAUCCUCCUGAGCUACGAAAUAAAAAUUACCACCUCACCGGAGUUGUGUCGGGCUGACGCAUUAUAUUAAUGCAGUCGCGUUUUUCUACUGUCUUGGCUCUUCGCAAUUCUGGUAUCUUCUAGCCGUAACCAAAUACUGUUAGGUCGUUCGCACGAAAAUUGUACAUUUGUCCUGAGGACGGCAUUAAAACCGAAUAAUAAAUCCGAUAUACAUACACAUAAUAUAUACGUAUAUAUUAGUGUUUAUGUAUUUAUAUAUGUAUAUAUAUGUAUAUAUAUAUAUACAUAUAUAUAUAUAUAUGGAUGUAUGUAUGUCUCCUCUUAGGCCCCUUAAUAUACCAACAAAAUCUGGUAUAUUCAAUGGCUACUGCUUGUCCUCGAGAUGAAUAUACCGCUUUAAUAUGAACCACCUACUAAACUGGUAUUUGCCGUCAUCUGGCUUUCUGCGAGGGACAGUUUUUUUAUCGAAAACUUAUUUAAGAAUAUAUAAGAAAAGUAAAAAAAACUAUUGUAUUUAAAUAGUGUAAAAUGGACAUUUGUGGGCGUUGAUUUUUUUUUACAUUUGAAAUCAAAUUUAAGUUUAUAGUUCGACGAAUGUCUCUCACCUAGUGCGUGUGAUUGAGUUUUUCUUUUCAACCGAUACGUGUAAUAGCAGUGUCUUCGCAGGAGCGCGAGGCUCGCAGAGAAAAAAAUUAAGUGGUGCAUGAGAACGCGUACAUAAAAGACAAACGAAACAGAACGAAAUUAAAUGAAACAUAACUUAAAGGUAAAAACAAAUUAAAACAAAGAAAAAUCAACAAUGAUACAAAUCGUACGGACAUCUCUCGACAUUCGGACGCAUAUACUAGACAAAUUCGUAAAUAAACUAUAAUAAUAAUAAUAAUAAUAAAAAAUGAAAACAAAAAUAUAAAACCCCACCGCUUCGUGCUCCUGUUUAAUAAUGAGACAGGCAUAUUAAGGUUAUGUAAAUGCAAUGUUCGCGCCAGGUAGUAUGGAUGAGUAAUGUGUGACUUAAACAUUGCAUAAUAAUUAUACAUAGUAUGUAUAAAGUUAUGAAGUAAGAAAACAUUUUAUUAUUAACGAUAAUAUUAUCUAACGUAAUGUAACGUAACGUAAUGCGGGGAGGUUGUUACUCUUUAGACUUGGGCAUAGCGAGUAGGGAGAGCAUUUAUAUAUCCGAUCGCCGAAGCUCACAAAGGCUGCUCUGCUGCUGAUGCUACUGCUACUGCGCUCCAUCGUUGUUCCAUUUCUGUUGGAUGUAAUCUAUUCUAUUCUAUUCUUAUGGAAACACGUAAAAAAAUGAAAGAAAAAGAAAAAAAAAAAGAAAAAAAUCAAUUCUAUAUUUAUAUUAUUUCUUCUCACAGUUAAUUUUGAAAUAGAGGGAAUAUAACGUGUAGUAGGCAAAUCUAUGAAAUCUUAAAAGGUAUUUUAUUAUUGCUAAGACGACGUAUAUUCGAUAGCAUAGAAGAUCCGAUAACUCUCCCUAUUCCAGUGUUCUCUCUCUCUCUCUCUCUCUCUCUCUCUCUCUCUCUCUCUCUUUCUCUCUAUCUCUUUCUUUCUCUCUCUCUCUCAUUUGAACGUAUUCAAUUGUAUUUUUGUGUACUGUGGUUUUACUUCGAUUUCAUUGUCGUGGGCUACUCAUAGCAGUGAUUUUCGUUGACUGUCGCAGAGAACAAGUGAUGGGGUAUUCCUAGUGAUUCCUUUUCAUUCAUUACGAUCGGUAUCUUAACGGUGACACAUUAUUAAUAUGUAGCCGCAAAAAAAAAGAUCUGUCAAACGCCGCUUUAAUACAGGGAUCAUUCUUUAUACUUGAUAAAGAUGAUUCACUUAGUUACACCGACAGUCAAAAAGCGACGACGAUGCUCUUAUACAUUUAGUAUUAAGAGUUAGUGGAUCAGUUGCAAACAAAGAUACGUCUAUGCUGUCACUUAUUUUUUUUGGAGACUGUUAAACAAGAAGAAGAAGAAGAAGAAGAAAAUGAAGAAGAAGGGUGAAGAGACAUUGCGGUUACGAUACCAUUGUACCAUAGCUGCAUAAUAAUUAAAUAAAGAUAACGAUAAUUUGAAUGCGAGACGAUGUCCCACGUUUUAAUGUACAAAUAUUUUCGAAUGAGGUAGUUAAAUAAAAACACAGUUAGAUCGGAUAAAUCAAUUCGUUCUCGUGAAGUAGCAAUGGGUUUUAAUAUCUGAAUAAAAAAAAAAAUAAUAAAAAUAAGGGAAUAAUAAUAAUAAUAAUAAUAAUAAUAAUAAUAAUAAUAAUAAUAAUAAAUAAUAAUAAUAAUAAUAAAGAAAAAAUUAUAAAAAGAAUGAUCGCGGUUUUAUAGACUGCCGUGUCUCAUAUGACCGUGAAAGAAAAAGAAUUGGCUGUAUGAAACCUAAGGAGAUGGACUGGACCGUGUCUUUCGUGCUUAUAUUCUUGUGCACGAUUGUAAGUGCGAUCGUGUGUAUUAUGUGUGUGCGUGCGUGCGUGUUAUAUCCUAGACCUAUGAAAGAUCAAUGAGAAAAAAACAGGAAAAGAAGAAUAAAAAAGGUGUGAAAUGAGGCACGAACGCACUCAAAGGAGCACACGAUAUGUAAAAGAUCGCCUGGCUGAUUCUUUAUUAUUAAUAUACGGGCCAUACCAUUUCUGGCAGUUUCUCUCUGUUAACAAAACACAACUACAGUUUUAUACACAAAACUGCUACUGUAAUGUACACGUGCUUGCUUCAAGAUAGUACCUUGUCUCUAAUUGUUGACAAAGAACUAUCUUAAAGUAUGGAAUGCCUGAGAAAAGAGAAAACUGAGUACUUUAGCAUUCAUAGUAUACUAUACGUACACUAUAAGUAUAGGUCUAUUUAAUUUUAUUAAUAUAAUGAAAUGUCAAGCCCCGUUUGCAACACGAUCAGAAAAAAAGGAAAAAAAGAAAAAAGAAAAAAAAAAAGACUUGCGUUAUGUACUACAUGAAGCUAGAGAAUAUAAACGAUACAUUUUGUUCUCUGCUCGAGUAUACAACGCAAUUCAGAAAAUUAAACUUUACUGGUGCUAACGGGUCUUAAAAUCAAUCAGGCUGAACAUGCCCAGAUAACCGUUACAUCCCUACGUUUGUUAGGUAAGCAUGAAGAUGAUAAACAAAAAAAGAAAAAAAGAAAAAAAAGCAAGAAAAUAAAAAUAAAAAACAAACACAGAAUUUUGAAAUAAAAUCUGGUAACGAUACACAUCUUUAAGAUUUAAACGUAAACGAAGUCUUAGGCUAAGAAUUUGGUUUGUGUGUUCAUAAAUCUUGUUCAAACUACUUUUGUACAGGAUACCAUCGCAUCAUCUCUCUUCCCCCCUUUCUAUCUCUCUCUCUCUCCUCUCUCUCUUUCUCUCUCUCUCUCUCUCUCUCUCUCUCGACGUAACAGUAACCGACACCACAGACUACAUUUUCUGCCCAUUCCAUCAGAUUUGAAACUUUCAUUGUAUUUUUAAGUAAAUACAUUUUGAAAAACAUUA